AUGCAGGUCGCUUCGUGGCUGGAAAAGUGUCUCUGUACACCUGAAGAACGACGUAAAGUUUGGAGGAAGUUGCAUGAGACAUUUUCCGGACUUGGAGAAAGUCGUCGUGCGACGGAAGCUCUGGUAUAUUUACUGUCCACUUACAACGACGAUGAUGCAGCAGAAGCUCGACAAGAUUUUUUUAAAAUUUUUCUGUCAGGAAAUUUGACUACUUUCAAGGCUUUUAUGAAAAAGCACCCAGAUUUCCUUAAACAAAAUGGUUUGGAUGAGGACGCAUGUCGACACAAGCUUCGACUGCUUACGCUUAUGCAGAUAUCAGAGAACCAGGCAGAUAUUAGUUACGAUGCAGCUGUCAAGGAAUUGGAACUCCCAGUUGAGAACCUGGAAUCGUUUAUCAUCGAAGCCGUUUCUUUUUGGGACACACAUAACACGUGCCACAACAGACGGAGUUUAUGGAGGUCGACCACUUGCUCCAGUGGGCGCCCGUAA